AUGGUCAAUGCAAUAUUUGACUUGAAAGAUUCAUUAGAAGAUAUUUGUUACGAAAAAUGUAACACAGAAAUGGAGCGAUUCUCGGAAUCAUUCAAUAGAAAAGAAUUUCCAUCACAGUUCGAUUAUGCUUUUGAUAAAGUAAGUCAAAGAGUGAAAACUUAUGUUAGGAGAAUUGCACAAAUAGAAAGACCAAUUUAUUUGCACAAAUUGGUUCCGUUUGAUUAUAUCUUGAAAAUUUCUGAAGAAUGCGGAAAGAGAAAAUUACAUCAUACAACUGCUAAAGUGCUAUUUGAAAUUGCAAAUCAAGUAAUUGAUAAUGAUGAUAUUAGAAUGCUUUUUGAGAUAUGCACAUUAGUUACCGAGACAUCAGUUUGUAUUGACGUAUCAAAAUUUUUGGAACAAUUUGCUCAUAAUGAUACAGAAGCAGAUAAAUUGGCUUCAUUUUUGUUUUGA